AGCAAAGUCGUGAAAAUUCAUACUCCAACGCACCAAAAGUCCAAAACCGAAACCAAACUCCAGAGAGAAGAAGAAAGAAAGAAAGAGAUGGGGUGGAUCGGAGACAGCAUAGAGUCCAUCAGGUCAAUGCAGAUCCGCCAGUUCCUCACUCAGGCCGUCAGUCUCGGUAUGAUUGUUACAUCUGCACUAAUAAUUUGGAAGGGACUGAUGUGCAUCACUGGAAGUGAAUCUCCUGUUGUUGUUGUUCUUUCUGGAAGCAUGGAACCUGGCUUCAAGAGGGGCGAUAUUUUGUUCUUACAUAUGAGUAAAGAUCCUAUUCGCGCUGGAGAGAUUGUUGUUUUUAAUGUUGAUGGUCGGGAAAUUCCAAUUGUCCAUCGUGUGAUUAAGGUUCAUGAACGGCAAGAUGGAGAAGUUGAUGUCCUCACAAAAGGAGAUAACAAUUAUGGGGAUGAUAGGCUUUUGUAUGCUCAAGGUCAGCUUUGGCUUCAACGGCACCAUAUUAUGGGCAGAGCUGUGGGGUUCUUGCCUUAUGUUGGAUGGGUGACUAUUAUCAUGACUGAAAAGCCUAUUAUCAAGUAUAUUCUCAUUGGGGCACUGGGACUGCUCGUUAUAACUUCGAAGGACUGAAAGCUGGAAGUUCAAGGAGAUGCUUCCAACCUUGAGCAAAUGCGCAAUGACCUGGCCUUGAACCAUUUUUCCUAUCCAUGUACGACGGACCCAAAGAAUAGUUGAAAUUGAUCGGAUAAAUUAAACAUAAUAGAUGACUCUGUAGACCAGUCACCCGCCAAUUAUAAAUGGGAUUUUUGUUCUACCCCU